GCGCAUGCGCGGUCUAUGCCAUGUCGACUGCAAGAGAGCGAGAAAAUAUUCGAAGAUCUGUUCGUCCCCCAAAACAUAUAGGAACUCAGCUAGAACGGUGUUAGUUUUGCUUUCAACUUUUCUACAUGAGAAAGAGAACUAGCAGGAGACAACCAUGCCAACGUUAGUGAUUUUAGAUGCGUCGCUAUCCAUGAUGCGACCUCUCGCGACCUCAUCAGCAACCCUUGACCCAGCAACCACAGAGACGAGGCGCUCUGUAGCGCAGACAUGUUUGUGUUCUAUGUUUGACUACAUCGCAGCCAACGAUCGCAUGGAGUUUGGCGCGCUUGUUGCAUAUUCGUCGUUGUACGAGGUUCUAGUGCCUUUCACCAGGGACCUCAAUGAAUUGAAGAAAGCUGUUCAGUCAAUGGAUACGUAUGACAAGACACUCCUAGACAGUGUGCUGCUUAACAUGAGUAACUAUGUGAUGGAAGAAUGGGGCUCCAAUACACCAGUCAGGGUGGUAUUAGUUACAGAUGGUAACCCAGGGAUAGGACCAGGAUCUGUGAAACAUAUCCUCUCCGAGAUGAGCCAUCAAACAGACCAAUCCAAGAACCCUCUUCCAUUUGUCUUCCCAAGUGAGCUUCACAUCCUCCUCAUCAGCAGCCAAUCAGAACUCGCCCAGAGCAACGCCCUCAAUCUCUACCAGCGACUCGUCGACGCAAACGAGAACGGGCAGGUCCACACGCCCGGUGAGGGCGCCCUGACGGUGAAAUCAGUCCAGAACAUGUUCAUGAAGUACGCCGAGUCACAGCACAGUGUGUUCAGCACCACCUUGCACUGUGGGAACCUGAGCUCCGAUGUGCAGCUCUUUCCACGUCCCAAGGUGAUGACGGUGGAGAAGGAUACAGAGGUCAUGACGAGGGAGGUUGGGUCUGACCUUCAGGUGUGUGGCUUCCUGGACAUGGGGGAUGCUGUGAGCCCACCUUCCGUCUCAAGACAUCUUGUGAUUCCAUACAUUAGUAAAGAGAAGUCUGAGACGUCCCCUGACGCCAAAGAUUCUGAUAAACCAGAGGAAGAUGCAAGCUCUUCAACCACCACAGAGGAGGGCAAGACACCAAGCUUCUGUGUGCUCCUACAUGGCAGCCUUAAGAUUAAUGGCAUGGUAGCCCUGGUACAGAUUACUGAUGACUGGUAUGGUAUACUGUACUCAUGGGCUGAUAGUAAGAAGAAAUCCAACAUGAUGCUAUCUAUCUUUGAACCUGGAUCUAAAGCUAUUCCUUGGCUAGGAAAGUUCACACUGCUAGGACCAUGUUCAGCGUUUGAUCAGAAUCCAUACGGUGAAGAUGACAAUAAGACACCUUUUCCUGUAAUGCCAGACGCUAAACGCAGCUAUGCUCAGAAUCCAGUGGUCUGGAUCAAGAAUAGUAACCUUCAGUCGGAUGUGCAGAAGAUACUCCGUUAUGCUCGCAAACUACCGGACAAGACUCAAGUAUUCUACAAGGAGCUGAAUCGGUUGCGACGUGCCGCCUUGUCCUUUGGGAUGCAGGACUUCCUUGAAGGCAUCUCUCAACUCCUGGAGCGAGAGUGCACCCUCCUUCCUGGGUCAGCGCAUGUCGAUGCCGCUCUUCAACUUACCCAUGCAGCUAAACUAGUCAAGAACUCUGUCUACAAGGAGUACGACUACACCAUUGCACCACUAUCAACAAAUUUCACAGGGAAUACGUGAUGAAAAAGUACUUCACUUGGAAAUCGAGACUUGAUGAGUUUGACCCUCAGAUUAUUGGUCCAAAUCGUUUCCUGGGCUAGUGCAUCCUUAUGAUACUCUACAGCUUACCCAUGCAGCUAAACUAGUCAAGAACUCUGUCUACAAGGAGUAAAACUGCACCGUGGAACUUGCAAAAUUCAGGCUUGAUGAGUUGGAGCUAGCAGAAAUUGGUCUUAUCUUAUUUCCUACUGACUUUUUCUUCUUGCCAUCUUCAAAAACCUAUAUGCUAGAAAGUUUUUGUAAAUCUUGUGUGGAAUUCAAAGGAAGUACUUCAUAAAUCUGCUUAUUAAGUUUGAAAAAAACCUUGUACCCGUACAUCGUGUGUGAAGAGGACAUGCUGGGUUUUGCCCCUCUGGGCUGCCCCCCCCCCCACAGGUCUUGUACCAUUUUCUGUCUACAUAUUAGGAGGCACUGUUGUACAGGGCCAGUCUGUUAUAACAAGGGUCUCUGAACCAAUCAUAUGAGAAAAGUCAGACUGCCAAAGUAAUUCCAGACUGACUCGACUGAAAUUGACUGAUCCCUGGCAAUUUGAGGGUAAUAAAAUACAUGUGUUUGGUCAAUUGUCUGUCUGGUGCUGGUCUCAUUUGAGUGACUGAGGUUCAUUUCCUUGUAACUGAUAGUGAGCUAUAGUUGUUGGGCCAUAUUAAGUUUGCAUGCCUUAUAGGGUUAACAAAUAAUGGGAACCUAGAGAAUUCCUCUCUUAUUGGAACCUUGUAUUUGUUAUAUCAAGAGUACCAUGUGUAGUUGAUCAUGCUUUUGCCAGAUAGGACCCUGUUGAAGUAGGCCAAUAUCUUCAAAUGUUUAUGAGCUGUGUGUUGAUAUUAAGGUCAUCAUGGGAAAAGCAAGGGUAAUAUUUUCCAACGGGCAUAAUAGACAGAUUAUAAGCCCCCAAAUUCAAAUCUCAGACCCCAUAAUUUCACAAUUUUGACACAUGGCUCAUGCAUUGAAACCCUAAAUAUUAAUUCCCCACCCGUAUGGAAAAAAGGUUGAGUGGGGAAACAUUGUCUUUAUUUCUAAUGUAUCACUAUUAUUAUUAUUAUCAUUAUUAAGUGAAUGAUAUUGCCCCUUACUUGUGGACUAAUGUCUGAUUUGGUUUACUUUAUCAAGCUUUCCAUUGUGUGUUGAUCUAUACCUGUAGUCUUGACUUUAUUCCGCCUUCACCUAUCAGUGCAGUUCUUGCGUAAUUAAAAAAAAUACAAAAGAAAUGUGAAAAUAUGGUUAUAAUACUAUAUUCUGUAGUAAAAUGCACAUUUAAUGAAGUAUACCCCAUGAUUGUGAACUACUAUAUAUUUGUGUAAUAUUUCCUUCCAGUACAAUUCCAUCAAAGUAGUUAUUUAUAUUAGUUGGCCAGCAUUAAGUUUCUCAUCACCAUUGACCAUAUUCACCACAAUGGGGAUCAUGGUCGGGGGGAAUUUUUUUUCUUUUUUUUCAGAGUAUGCAUUUUUUAUCAUUUCUUCAUGACAUUGUUUAGCAAUGUACAUAUUCUGAACAAAAAUAAUGAUCGCAAGUAAAUUUGUAAAUAAAUUUUUGAUACAUGCUUUUGUAAAAGACUUGUUCAAA